UAUUUUUAUAAGUUUUAUACCUUUUUCAUUUAUUUUUUAUUUUUUUGUGAUUUGAAAUAUUUUUUUAUUUAUUAAUUAAAAAAAAACAACUGACACGUCAUACCUUUUUACCCACGGAUGAACAGUACCGGUCACAUUUUUGCUUGGUAAAGAAGUCAGUUAGUUUCAAGGUUUAAUGUGUUAAUAUAAUUGGUUUGAGGGUUUGAAGUGUGAGUUUUUGAGCACUGAGGUUUAAAGUGCUACCUUCUUACACCUUCAUGGUUUAAAAUGCGAUUUUCCCCAAUUUAGAGACUCCACAAUUUAAAGGUCAAAAUACAGAUAGCGGAAAGUACAUUCAGUUCCGUAUGAUUAAAUAAGAAUUUAACCAAAUUUACUAACUCAAAUUUAAAGUAAUUCGGUUUGUCGUCGCCAAUGCAGUUGCAAAUUAUAUCUGACGUAACGCUCACUCAUUUAAAUAAUCUCUGAACAAAAUCACUUACAUAUAAUCAGAUAUCUCAUUAAUGACACUAUUAUUUUGUUCGAUAAACUAAUUAAAAAGGAGAGAAUAUUAAUUAUUAAAUUAAGAUAAUUAUGCAAGUGGUAUUUCCAAGGCAUCAAGACAGAAAAACUGCAGGUUAUUAGCUCUCCAUCUUCAUAUUGCAGUGUGGUUCUUUCUGUGUUUUCUGACUUCUUUUUAAUAUAUAAUUAAUAUAUAAACUAUAUAAUAAUAUGAGAUUAAUGAAGAUUUGUGAACCCAAUUAAUAAAGUUAUAUUCUUGUUUACUGUAUAGUUUUUUCUCCCCCCCCCCCCCCAUAUGUCUUGUCUCACUGUCUUUUUUCCCCUAAUAAAAACCUCUUUCUCCCUUCUCUCUCUCUAUCUGCAGAAGAAGCUCAGAUACACAGAAACUGACUACAAAGAACAAAGCUGAGAGGAAAAAAAAGUUGUUUCUUUUCUUCUUUUGCUAGUCACAACCCAAACAAGACUUUCCUAUUUGUUGCCUUAGGCUAUUGAAUCACACACCCUGGAACACAAUACAAAAAGGUUGAAACACCAAUAAUCUCAAAAAGCAGCCAACACUCUCUCUUUUCUCUCUCUCCCAUGGAUUUGCAACUGAAACAAUGGAGAAGCCAGCAGGUGCAGCAGCAGCAGACAGAACCAGAAGAACAGCCUUCUGCAGCUAAGAUACCAAAGCAUGUUUUUGAUCAGUUUCAACCCCAAACUGCAGCUUCUACUGCUCUUCCACUCUUUACCCCUGAUCCUACACCUUCCAAACUCUCCUCUUUGUCUGCUGAUUCUUCUGCCAGGUUCCCCAAGAUGGGGAGCUUCUUUAGCUGGGCACAGUGGCAAGAGCUUGAGCUACAAGCACUGAUCUACAGGUACAUGUUGGCUGGAGCUGCAGUUCCUCAAGAGCUUCUUUUACCCAUCAAGAAAAGUCUUCUCCAUCUAUCUCCUUCCUACUUCCUUCACCAACACCUCCCUCAUUACCAGCCUGCUUGGUACUUGGGGAGGGGGGCGAUGGAUCCUGAGCCAGGGAGAUGCAGGAGAACGGAUGGUAAGAAGUGGAGAUGCUCAAGGGACGUCUUCGCUGGCCACAAGUAUUGCGAGCGCCACAUGCACCGUGGCCGCAACCGUUCAAGAAAGCCUGUGGAAACUCCAACCGUCAAUGCCACCACCACCACUACCAUGGCUUCUGCUGCUGCAGCCGCAGCACCAGCUCCAACAACAACUUCGUUUGCUUUUGGCGGUGGUGAGGAAGUGGGUCAAGGAGGAUCUCCUUGUUUCUUCUUCUCUGGUGCUUCCAACUCUUCAUCUGAACUUCUCAACCUUAGUCAAAGUUGUUCAGAGAUGAAGCAAGACACCAACAACAACAACAAGAGGCCGUACGAGUCUCAUAAUGGAUUCGGUAACAACACAUCAGACGGAGGUCACACCUUGAGGCACUUCUUUGACGACUGGCCUCGUUCUGAAGCCGACAAUAAUAAUUCAAGCCCUAUGACCUCAGCUACUUGUCUUUCUAUCUCCAUGCCCGGAAACAGCUCCUCAGACGUCUCUCUGAAGCUGUCAACUGGCAAUGAAGAGGAAGCCAGGAGCAAUGGGAGGGACCAGCAAAACAUGAACAGCUGGUGGAGCGGUGGAGGUCCCCAUCACAACAACAACAACCACAUGGGAGGACCGUUGGCUGAAGCCCUGAGAUCUUCCUCGUCCACUUCCCCAACCAGUGUUCUCCAUCAGCUCGGUGUUUCAACGCAAGCCUUUCAUAGAACAAUGUAAAACCAACACAACUUUGCUGAUUCUUUUACUGUUUUGUUUUUGGUUCUUGUUCAAGUCUUUCUUUACUUCAGCUGUCCCCCUGUAUCUGUAACAGUUCUCUGAAAAUUUGCCUCUAAAAAGAUUUUUUAUGUUU